AUGUCCGUCCUCGAAACAAUAGACUUCCAGCAUCACUUUUGGACGCUGACGUGGGAUGGCAAACUCUGCAUGUGUCCCAAGAACCAGGGCGCCAACCGUGUUUUGGAUAUUGGAACCGGAACUGGUAUUUGGGCUGAAGAAUAUGCGGAUAAACACUCAGCAGCAGUGGUCAUUGGCGUGGAUUUGAGUCCUAUUCAGCCUGAAUUCGUCCCGCCGAACUGCAAGUUCGAAGUCGACGAUGUGGAGAAAGAGUGGACGUGGCAGGAGCCUUUCGACUUCAUCUUUGCAAGACACAUGAACGCAUGCUUCGAGAGCUGGGAACGGUUCCUUCGUCGUGCUUACGACGCCCUAGAACCAGGCGGCUUCAUCGAGCUCCAAGACAACGCCUUCCCCAUCCUCUGCCAAGACGGCACCCUCAAGCCCGACGACCCGAUGGCGCGCUGGUCGACCCUCAUGAUGGAGGGCACCGAGCUCAUCGGCCGCCCCAUCACCGUGCCCGCCCGCUUCCGCUCCAUGCUUAGCGAGGCCGGCUUCGUGGACGUCGUCGAGCACAAGCGCGUGUGGCCCACGAGCCCGUGGCCGCUGAACCCGGAGCUGAAGGAGCUCGGCGUCUGGGGCCAGGCGUGCAGUCUCGAGGGCAUCGAGCCGGGCGCCAUGGCGCUGUUUACGCGCGUGUUGGGUUGGACGAGGGAGGAGGUUGUGGUUUUUAUGGCGGGGGUGAGGGAUGAUUUUAAGAAUACUAAUAUUCAUGGGUUCUGGAACGUGUACUCCGUGUACGGAAUGAAGCCCUAUGAGAAGCCCGGCCAGGAAUAA